GCCUUUCUUCUCCGAGACACAAACCAAACCCAUAAGGAGAACAGCAAACAAAACUAACAGCUUAACAAAUGGGGCUUAGAAAUUCUACACCACUGAAAAUCAAAGAAGCCCAGAUUAUAAUGCUUGGACUUGAUUCAUCUGGGAAAUCCACUCUUUUAUACAAGCUAAAAUGUAAUGAAGUCUUCCUAACAGAGCCAACAAUUGGUUUUAAUGUGGAGAUGAUUAAAACAUCAAAAGAUAUGACCUUAACAAUAUGGGAUGUUGGAGGUCAGCAGAAAAUGAGGACUGCUUGGGACAACUAUUUGGAAGACACAGAUUGCUUGGUCUACGUGGUUGAUAGCUCUGACAAGCGGCACUUGGAAGAAUCAAAGAAAGAGCUGGAGCUUAUUUUAAGACAAGACAGUAUAAAAAAUGUACCGGUGGUUGUCCUGGCAAACAAGCAGGAUCUUCCUGGAGCUCUGAGCGCUGAAGAAAUAACUCGGAGGCUCAACAUGAAGAAGCACUGCCAAAACCAAAACUGGUAUGUACAACCCUGUUGUGCACUUACAGGAGAAGGACUCUCAGAAGCAUUCCAAAAGGUGGCAAAAUUUGCAAAAUCUUGCAUAAAAUCUAAACAAGAAGGCUUUGCAAUUUUCAAACAACUUUAAAUUAUCAAUUCAUAAUCUGGAUAAUUAACCCAUUGCUGGGGCAGAACAAUAGUCUGUUCAUUAACCGUCUGAUUUUGUAAUAUGUUUUCCUAAUUUUUUUAUAAAUAUUUGUGACAAACUUUGGGCCAAUCACUUAUUUCUAUUGGCCUUCAAAAAUAUUAUGUUGCUCUAAGAAAAGAAAUAUGAUUAAAUCCUGAAGUAUGAAACUGCAAAAAGAAUAAAAUCAGCCACAAUAUGAAUGGUUAUGGAAGUGUGUUCCAUGUCAUCCAUUUUGCAUCCAACAAUUAUGUAAUAAUUAAUGUAACAAAUUUGAAGCUUCUGCAAUAAGUAAUUGGAAAUGAUUAAACAAAACCCUACUUGUCAUUAGUACGCUAUUAAUA